AUGGCGUCGUGCACAGACCCAGAGGGCUGGAGACUCGUGUCCCGAACACGCGACUUCGAUAUCGCCCUCUGUGCCCAGGAGGCCUGGUUCUUCCCAGCGAUCCAGGCACUUUUUAUCCUUUUCGCCCUCGCUAGACUCGCUCAAGUCUCAAGAUGGGAAAAACAAGACAUCACCAAACAUAGCAGAUGGAGACUUAUUGCAAAAUUGGUCCUCCUUGGUCUUGCCUUCUCGGCCUCAGUUGCCAACCUCGUCUUUAUCGCUCUUAGACGCGUCCCGGUUCCUUUCUUUCCUAAUUACCCUCUCGAGGCCGUCCUACUUCUCGUCGCCCUGCCCCUGACGUACCUUAAUCACCAACGGACGCGUCGCUCGUCCACUCUCCUACUGCUCUUUUGGCCGAUAUACACCUUGUUCACCGUUGUAUGGACACGCUCAGUCUUGCACGCCCAUCACGCUGGCAUCAACCGCAAUGGCGUCGUCGGUCUCCGCUGGGCUGCUGUUGGCUUCGGCCUCUUCGCGUUCGCGCUCGAGUUGAUCAGCCCCGCAUACGUCGACAAAGGCAGCACCGAGAGCCCGACGCUUACCGCCAACAUAUUCAGCAUCUGGUCCUUUGGCUGGAUGUCCCCCCUCCUCCAAAAAGGCGUCAAGGAGUACAUCACCGAAGCUGACCUACCCGAUCUUGAGCCAGAGGACCAUGCCACUCCGCUCGGCGAGAAGCUCGAGAAGGCGUAUGUCAAGAGGAAGUCGCUGUGGACCGCUCUCUUUUUCGCGUACGGCGGAAGCUAUAUGUUCGCCGCGCUGCUCAAGAUCUUCCAGGACGCGCUCAACUUCCUCCAGCCUCAGCUCCUGCGCUGGCUCCUCUCGUACAUUUCCUCGUAUCAGUCUGCCCGCGACCGCGAGAACUUGUACUUCCCCAUGUCACGGUUGUCGGGAGGAUCGGGCUCGCCUGUCGAGGGGUACUCCAUCGCGGCAAUGAUGUUCAUUGCGAGCAUCAUCCAGACGGUUAUUCUGCACCAGUACUUCCAGCGCUGCUUUACCACCGGCAUGCGCGUUCGCGCUGGUCUUGUGUCGCUCAUUUACCAGAAGGCGCUCAAGUUGAGCAACGAUGGGCGCAGCAGGGCGAGUGGAGACGUUGUCAACCUUAUGAGCGUUGACGCGCAGAGGAUGCAAGAUUUGUGUUCGUAUGGGCUUAUUGCGAUUUCUGGGCCUUUCCAGAUCUUGCUUGCUUUCGUUUCGCUCUAUAACUUGCUCGGCUGGUCGGCCUUUGUCGGUGUUGCUAUCAUGGUCUUCAGCAUCCCGUUGAACACGUUCAUUGCUCGCAUCUUGCAGCGCAUGCAGAAGCAGCAAAUGGCGAACCGUGACUCGCGGACGCGUCUCAUGAGCGAGCUGCUUGCGAACAUCAAGAGUAUCAAGUUAUAUGCCUGGGAAUUUGCAUUCAUUCGCCGCGUCCUGUUCGUGCGGAACGAGAAGGAACUCAGGAUGCUCAGGAAGAUCGGCGUCGCCACUGCGCUGAACUCGACCCUCUGGGGCGGCAUCCCGCUCCUCGUCGCGUUCUCCUCGCUUGCGACUGCCGCCGCGGUCUCGUCCAAACCGCUCACGGCGGACAUCAUCUUCCCGUCUAUCUCGCUGUUCAUGCUGCUCCAGUUCCCGCUCGCCAUGUUCGCGCAGGUGACGUCGAAUAUUGUGGAGGCGAUUGUGGCGGUCAGGCGGUUGAGUGAGUUCCUUGCUGCCGACGAGCUCCAGCCGGAUGCGGUUACUAGGAUCGAGGAGCAUGAUGCGACGCGGCAGGGGCAGGGGCUGUUGGCGGAUGGUGAGGAGGUGUUGAGCGUGAAGGGCGGAGAGUUUUGGUGGAAUGCGAAAGAUACCAAGCCAACGCUGGAGGAUAUCAACCUGAGCGUGCGCAAGGGCGAGCUCAUAGGUGUCUUGGGCAGGGUCGGCGCUGGCAAGAGUAGCUUGCUGAGUGCGAUUAUUGGUGAUAUGAGGAAGACCGAGGGAGAGGUCGUGGUUCGUGGUAACGUGGCUUACGCUGCGCAGAAUCCUUGGAUUCUGUCAGCGACUGUCAGGGAUAAUAUCUUGUUCUCGCACGAGUACGAUGAGGAGUUUUACGAGAUAGUCAUCGAGGCUUGUGCUCUGAAGCAUGAUCUUGCUUUGCUUUCCCAGGGUGACUUGACCGAGGUCGGAGAAAAGGGUAUUACACUCAGUGGUGGCCAGCGAGCUCGAGUGGCUCUCGCCAGAGCCGUGUAUGCACGGGCUGAUUUGGUUCUGCUGGACGACGUCCUUGCCGCUGUGGAUGCACAUGUCGCGAGGCACAUCUUCGACAAGGUCAUUGGUCCAAAGGGUCUCCUCGCGAGCAAAGCUCGAGUUGUAGUUACGAACGGGAUUGCGUACCUCCGUCACUUUGACCAGAUCGUAUUUGUCCGUCGUGGUAUUGUUCUGGAAACUGGCAGCUACGAGGCGCUUAUGGCGAGAGAAGACGGCGAGAUUCGGAAGUUGAUCGCCAACCACGCGACCAAUGCCAACGGAAGCACAUCUUCCUCGGGGUACUCCACACCGUUCGCUGCAAGUAGGAGUGGGGCUGCGACGCCUAGGACCGAGGGAUCCUCUCCCACUGCUGUGAGCGAGAUCAGGGAAGACGACCUCGAGAAGAUUGUGUCCGAAAAGGGCCUUGUGCCCGACCUCAGGCGCGAGUAUGGGCGUGCGCGUCUCGCUGCUCUGCCCAAUGUGCGUGAGUUGGCCACGUCCGGUCCGACGAAGGAGCACUCGGAGCAAGGACGCGUGAAGAAAACCGUGUACAAGGAGUAUCUCAAGGCCGCUUCAAGAUGGGGUUUCGCGCUGUUCUUGCUUGCACAGGUUCUGCAGCAGGCGACGUCGAUCCUAUCGAGUUUCAUCCUUCGUGCUUUGUCGGACGCGAACGAUGCGUCUGGCGGGCACGCGAGCUCGGGCAAGUAUAUCGCCGGGUAUGGUAUUGCAAACUUGGCGAGCGUCUUGUGCGGAGCGGCGGCUGCGUUGCUGAUGUGGGUGUAUUGCUCGCUGCGGAGCUCGAGGAGGUUGCACGAUAGCAUGUUGGACGCUGUGAUGAGGGCCCCGCUGAGCUUCUUUGAGCUCACGCCCACCGGAAGAAUUUUGAACCUCUUCUCGAGGGAUAUAUAUGUCGUGGAUUCGGUCCUUGCACGGGUGAUACAAAACUUGGUCAGGACGACGGCGAGCUGUUUGUCCAUCAUCCUUGUCAUCGGGAUCAGCUUCCCACCAUUCUUGAUUGCCGUCAUCCCGCUUGGAUGGGUCUAUAAACAUGCCACGCAGUACUACCUCGCAACCUCUCGCGAGCUCAAGCGUCUUGACUCGGUCUCGCGCUCACCCAUCUACGCCUGGUUUUCCGAGUCUCUGUCUGGUCUGCCGACGAUCCGCGCCUAUGCUCAGCAGUCUGUCUUCAUCGCUCAGAACGCGCAACGCCUUGACCGGAACCAGAUUUGCUACCUCCCGUCUACAAACAUCAACCGAUGGCUCGCUGUCCGUCUCGAGUUCGUCGGCUCGAGCAUUAUCUUUAUCGCGGCGAUCCUGUCGGUGACGGCGGUUGUGACUACCGGCGUAGACGCGGGUCUGGUUGGUCUUGUGCUAAGCUAUGCGCUGAACACGACUAGCUCGCUCAACUGGCUCGUGAGGAGUGCGGGUGAGGUGGAGCAGAACAUUGUCAGCGUCGAGAGAAUAUUGUACUACGCGGACGAGUUGCCCCCUGAGGCGCCAUUCGAAAUUGAAGGUGCAGAGACCCGAACUGGUGAAGGAUGGCCUGCAGAAGGCGCCGUUGAAUUCAGGGACUACUCGAUGCGUUAUAGGCCCGAGCUUGACCUUGUGUUGAAGAAUAUUAACCUCGACAUCAAGCCUCAGGAGAAAAUUGGAAUCGUUGGCCGAACGGGUGCCGGCAAAUCAUCUUUGCUGCUGGCGUUGUUCAGGAUCAUUGAACCUGCUUCGGGCGCAAUCCUCCUUGAUGGUGUUGAUAUUGGAUCGCUUGGUUUGCAUGAAUUGCGCUCUGCGAUUUCGAUCGUCCCGCAAAAUCCGGACCUAUUCGAAGGCACGCUCCGGGAGAACAUUGACCCUGUUGGAGAGCAUGCCGACGUGGAUAUCUGGACGGCGCUGGAACAUGCACAUCUGAAGCCUUACAUCGAGAGUCUACCGGAAGGGCUAGAUUCCCAUGUGGCUGAGGCUGGGUCGUCGCUAUCAGCCGGUCAGAAGCAACUGUUGUGUUUUGCAAGGGCGCUACUCCGCAAGUCAAAGGUGCUCGUUUUGGAUGAAGCUACAUCGGCCGUCGACUUGGAUACAGACAAGGCUAUUCAAGAAAUCAUCCGAGGCCCCCUGUUCAAGAAUGUAACAAUCCUGACAAUUGCUCACCGAUUGAACACAAUCAUUGAGUCCGACCGGGUGUUAGUGCUCGAUGCCGGACAGGUUGCCGAGUUUGAUGCACCGGAGAAGUUGCUCGAGGAUGAGAGCUCUAUCUUCUACUCGAUGGCAACAGAAGCAGGACUAACUCAAGGGAAUAGAAGCAUGGAGAGUACAGAAAAAUAG